UAGGGUUUUCACAAAAGAUUUUGUUUGUUGGAUCCUGCCGAGUGGCGAGAUCCUGAUACAUGCAGAGGUGUCUCGAGUUGUUGGUCAAUAGCGAUUGCUUGUACUACUUCAUAGCUCUACCUAGCUAGCACUCGUUGACCUCAUUGACAGAAAGGAAGGAAAAAGUAGUAGAAAUGGGUGUUUGCUUUAGUUGUUGUGGCCCCGGCCACGAUAAGAAAACGGAAGCUCCUAUUCUGUACACUGUCAUCUACAACUCGGAGAGUCACUGGAGCAUUCUGACACAAAGGCUGGGCUCUGCAUGGCCUGCUGUUUUUCCCUUUUGUGUCUUCAAUGUUGCCGUGGUGCUCUUGUUGAGUUAUAUCAAUGCUGACGGUCCAAUAGUCUACAUCUCGGGUCAGGGUCACAAGUUCAUCCGAUUUGUCGUUGCGUUUCUCUUUGUUUCUCGAGUUACCAUGGCACUCCAAAGAUUCAACGAAGCAAGAGGACACUUGGGACAGUUGUACCGAGAGAGCCGAGAACUGGUCCAAUACCUAUGCACUUUGACGGCAAAGUAUCAGGAUGAGAAAUCAAGGGAAUAUCGAGCAGAGUUGACAUACCGAAGUAUGUUAUUUCUACGCACUGCUGUGGGUAUCUUGGACUAUCAUACCACCGGCCUCCCUAACUGGAAAGUGCCAGAGCUGAAUGGUGUGGAACUCGACUAUGUACUCAACAAUCUGCUAUAUCAUCCGCAAAACGCACAUUAUGCCAUGCUUCCGCGAUGCGAAUUUGAGGAGAAUAUCCGUGUACCACUGCUGAUUGGGUUGCUGUUGCGAAAAUCCAUCAUCGAGCACACCAAGCGUUUGCCCAAGCCUUUGGCCAUGCCUGAGGAAAACAAGUUGUUUGCUGCAGUCGAUUCAUGUGUCACUGCCUACAGCGGGCUGCGAAAAUUCAAAUCCACACCAGUGCCCUUCCCUCUUAUCCAAAUGGCUCGUACCUUCCUCUUCCUGUACAUCUUCACGGUUCCCCUCGUUUUUGUGAAGGAUGAGAGCAGUAUCUAUGCACAUUGCUUUGCAAUUUUCUUGAUGACCUAUGGUUUCAUGGGAUUGGAAAUGAUAGCUAUUGCCCUGGACAACCCUUUUGGUGACGACCCAAUCGAUUUCAAGAGCCUUGCCUUGGCUCACACGGCAUUUGAAGAUACUUACUUGACAGUUCUCGACAUUGAUGGACGGGAAUGGGCUGAUUUCUUACGCUACCGAAUGAAUGAUAACGUUGGUGACCGUCUUAAUACGGAACAAACCUGGCUGCUGUCGAGUCAGGACCGUUUUGCGAACCUCAUGGUUGGAAACACGCUCUACAAGCGUGAGUCGGAAGCAGCACAGGCCCAUGCUCUGGUAUUGGACGCACAGAUCCGCUUAGCCAGGGAAGCAGAAGAAAAGAAAAAGAAAGAAAAGGGAUUUUUCCACUUCAGGAAUCCCAUGGCUAAAAAGUCCCCUAGGAAUGCUUCCUGAGGGACUCGACUCGACUAGACUCAUCACACCGAUGGUUCUUUGCUUCUUGGUGGAACCAGUGUUUGUUUUCGAUGCGCAUCUAUCUCUAUUAGCUAGGCUUGGCAGAGCAAUCUUAACGACUAACUACUGCUGCGAUUCG